AUGGCAACUAGAGAAAAAGUGCUGGAACUUGGUGGUUGGCAAACAAUGUUAGUGAAUGAAGCUUUUAGCAUUCAUAAAGCUUAUCUGAGAUUGAAGGCAGAUCAUGGGAGAGUUCCUUGGAGAAGGGUGAUUAAAAACAACAAAGCUUCACCUCGCAAUAUUUUCAUCCUAUGGCUUGCUGCUCAUCAAAGGCUUGCAACAGCAGAUAGAGUUCUGAAGUGGAAUGUUCAGUGCAAUCCUAUGUGUAGGCUGUGUAACUCUGAAAAUGAAUCAAUAGAACAUCUAUUCUUUGAUUGUCAUUACACCAAUACAGUGUGGUGCCAUACACUCAGAGCUAUAAACAUUCAUAGAAGAGGGCUUGGUUUUUCCCAAGAGAUUCAAGAAGUCUAUAGGAAGGCUCAUAGCAAUACUAGAAGGGCAAGAAUUUAUGUGAUGCUGUUUACAGAAGUAGUAUACUUGUUAUGGAUUCAGAGAAACAAAAAGGUCUUCAACAACAUGCUGCAACAUCCUGAGAGAGUUUGUAAAGAUAUUAUAUUUAGAGUUGCUGCUAGAUGUAAAGAAGAAGAUAGGAUGUUGACAGAUCGUGAGAUUAUAACUUGGGAACGCUUGACAGAGAGGAUACAAGGUCAGCGUAUUCCCAUAAUCGUCAAAUGCAUUUUCACAUUCUUAGACGAAUCCUCUGACUCGUCUGAAUCAUCAUCUGAAAUGGGAGAUGCUAAUGAAUAG